AUGGCGGACAACCCUCUCAUCAAAGAUUUGUGCAAAUUAUUCAAGAAAUUCAACAAAGAAGAACUACUUGAGGGACUUAUUAAACAUGGAUUUUUGAAAGAAGGUGUGCUGGAUACAGAAGGAACGAAGGAAAGUUUCGUCAAUCGCAUUCUGAAGAAGUGUUUUGACAAAAAUGUGACGGCCGAACAUGUUGCCCUAAUGGAUCUAAUCUAUCACCAGUCUCAUCCUAACUGCAAGAAAUGGACUGUAUACAAACUUGUAGGCUUUGAUCCCAAGAAAAUGCUAAAUACAUCAGAACCCUGGAAAUUUAGGUCACAAUUGAAAUCCUGUCUUGGACUUUACUUCAAAGUGGAAAUUUAUGUUCAUCUCUGGAGAAAUGGGUUAUGGACAAGAAUUCAAUUCUGUAAUAGAUCCUCCACCAGUUUGCUCAGCAACAAUGUGUUCAUCAUCUACUAUCCUAACUCUGAAUAUGUCUUCAUGUCCACCAUUAAAGCAGCCCACAAACAGUAUAUUGUCCAGACUCUGUCAACUCUACUGCACAGUCAGACUCUGGAAGAGGUAAAGUUGUCAGGAAGGGACGUGCCCUCACUCAAGGAACUUGUGCUAAAUAAAAGCAGCCAGGGAGUCUUAAGUAAGUACAGAUUGAAUCAGGUGGAUGGAAACCCUCUCAGUAGAAAGAGAAAGAGAGAGAAAGAUAGAAAACUGGAAGUUUUACAAAGUCAGGAAAUCACAAGUGAGAACUGGGCAGAGGAGCAAAAAAGACAGCAAUUAAUAGAUGGUGCAUUUGGCACAAAUCUACAGCCUAAGUUAGAAAGGAUAGAGUUUAAGAUGCAGACAAGGCUACGCAGCAGACAACAAUUCCCUCAGCUUAUCAGUCCAAUCUCAUGCAAUGUCAGGUUUGAAGGAUCCAGUGUUCUAGAAGGCAUCAAAAAUCUUGGAUCACAGAGUUUUGUUGACAUACCACUGCCAUCUUAUCUGACUAAUCUGCAUUCUCUAUCAAGGAACUCACUUUUGCUAAAAGAAAAGAAAACUACAUAAAAACAAUGUUUGGAGGACAGUAGCAAUUAAGAGUCUAAUGAUAGAAUUAAAUGCUAAGGUUUGAAAUGCAUCUUUUCAUGUUGUUUUAAAACAACAACAAAUUUAAAACAACUGUGUUACUUUUGAAAUUUUCCGAGUUACUUUAU